UUGACCUCAUUGACACAAAUGCUAGUCCUUUUUUUCACAGUUUUGCGGCAAAUGAAUGGUUGAUCCAACGGUUAGAAAUACUCAGUGCAGCAGUUCUUUCUUCUGCAGCACUAUGCAUGAGUUUGCUUCCUCCUGGAACGUUUAGCUCUGGAUUCAUUGGAAUGGCACUUUCAUAUGGUCUUUCAUUAAACAUGUCCUUGAUGUUUUCAAUUCAGAACCAGUGCACUAUAGCAAAUUAUAUCAUUUCUGUUGAAAGACUAAAUCAAUACACCCAUAUACCGAGCGAAGCCCCUGAAAUAGUAGAAGGAAGCCGUCCCCCAGCCAACUGGCCUUUUUUCGGUAAAGUGGAGAUACAAAAUUUGCAGAUCAGAUACAGGGCCGAUACACCACUUGUUCUUCGUGGGAUCAGUUGCAUAUUUGAAGGAGGACACAAGAUUGGUAUUGUUGGUCGAACUGGCAGUGGGAAGUCGACUCUCAUUGGUGCUCUGUUUCGUCUGGUGGAGCCAGCCGGAGGGAAGAUCAUAGUUGAUGGCAUUGACAUCUCUACAAUCGGACUUCAUGAUCUGAGGUCACGUUUUGGAAUAAUACCUCAAGAUCCUACUCUCUUCAAUGGGACUGUGAGAUACAAUUUGGAUCCCUUAUCCCAACAUUCAGACCAGGAAAUAUGGGAGGUUCUUGGGAAGUGUCAGCUUCGAGAUGCUGUUCAGGAGAAAGGUGGCUUAGACUCCUUAGUUGUAGAUGAUGGAUCAAACUGGAGCAUGGGACAAAGGCAAUUGUUCUGUUUGGGGCGUGCUCUUUUGAGGAGAAGUCGGGUACUGGUGCUUGAUGAAGCAACCGCAUCGAUCGACAAUGCCACCGAUAUGAUUCUACAGAAAACUAUACGGACUGAAUUUGCAGAUUGUACCGUGAUUACGGUAGCUCACAGGAUACCGACUGUGAUGGAUUGCACAAUGGUUCUUGCCAUUAGUGAUGGACAAAUAAUGGAGUAUGAUGAGCCAAUGAAUUUAAUGAAAAGAGAAGGCUCCCUAUUUGGGCAGCUUGUCAAGGAAUACUGGUCUCAUAUCCAGUCUGCAGAAUCCCAUUGAAUAUAUAUUGCAAUAUUG